AUCUUUUCCUUUCCAUAACUGAAUCGAAGGUGAUCUCAAAAGAAUUCCGCUUCGAGCCUCCACCACCUCCCUCCGAUCUACACCCCGAUCGACCGUUGCCACAACAAGCUCAGCGGCAUCUCACCAAGCUGCAGCCCGCCGGCCCGCCGCCCGCCGCCAUGUUCGGCGUCGUCUUCCCGGACCACACCUUCCCCCUCGACGCCACCGCCUUCGCGCAGGUCGCGCCCACCUCCUGGCUGCUCGACUUCUCCACGCUAGCCCUCCCCUCCACGCCCCGCUCCGCCGUCGUCUUCCUGCUCCCGCCCGCCGCCGCCGCGCUGCCGCCGGGCAAGGCCGUCGCCGUCUACUACCAGGCGGCCGCCAACCGCCCCUUCGCCUUCCUCGGCGCGCUGGGCCCCGCGCGCCCCUCCGCCACCUUCCGGCUCCCGGAGGCCGGGGACGAGCCGGAGCCCCCGGCCGGGCCCGCCAAGCUCGGCGUCGCCGUGGAGGACGCCGCCGCGCUGCCCCCGGCCCCCGAGGAGCAGCGCGCCGAGCGGGUCGCGCUCCGCGUCGGCGAGAACCUCUUCAAUUUCAUGCAGUCCUUCUGCGCCGCCGACGGCGGCAAGCUGAUUGUGCCCACGGAUAUCAUGGACCGCUGGUUCCGCAAGUUCCAGGAGAGGGCCAAGAAGGAUCCCUCAUAUCUAAAGAGCUUUGACUUCUGAGACCAAAGCUCAGGCUAUAUGCGAUGGGUAGGGGGCAGCUUUACGCCAUCUCAAUUCUCUUUGUUUGUACACAAACUGGCAUGUUUCCUAGAGGAUAGUAUGAAUCAAAUGUGCCAAUCCAGCUUCUUAGUGAGAGAAGCUACAACAAUAGCGACCAGAUAGAUUAGAUGGUGUGCUGCAGCAAAACGGCUUAUCUUGCUGGUACACUGUACAAAAAUACUUUGUACAAUCCUGCUUAGAGCUUGAACCAUUCAGGUUUUUGUCCAGAAGUUGAUGAUAAACAUUUUUUUCAAUGGAAAUCCUGGAUGGAGAUAAUUGUUAUGCAGAUCGGCAGGUUUUCUGUCGCGUUGAUGUGAA